AUGUCUCGGAAACAAGUAGACUCGCGGAUCCCCGCCCUCAUCAAGAAUGGAAUCCAGGAGAGGAGACGAAGCUUCUUCGUUUUGGUGGGCGACCACGCCAAAGAUGCCAUUGUCCAGCUUCACUAUAUCAUGACCCAAGUCGGGCUUAAGCAGAACAAAUCUGUGCUAUGGGCUUACAAGAAGCAGCUCCUUGGCUUUACCAGUCACCGGCGAAAGAGGGAGACUAAAAUCAAGAAGGAAAUUAAGCGCGGCACACGGGAGGCCAACGAUGCGGACCCAUUUGAGCUCUUUCUUUCGCUCCAAAACAUCAGAUAUGUCUACUACAAAGAGACUGAGAAGAUUCUUGGAAAUACAUAUGGCAUGUGUAUUCUUCAAGACUUCGAGAGCAUCACACCAAACAUUCUAGCGCGCACGAUCGAAACAGUCGAAGGUGGUGGUAUGGUGAUUCUGCUAUUGAAAGGCAUGAGCAGCUUGAAACAACUUUACACGAUGACUAUGGACGUACAUUCCCGAUAUCGAACCGAAGCAUACGACGAUGUUGUUGCCAGGUUCAACGAGCGCUUCAUCUUGUCCCUCGGUAGUUGCGAGUCCUGCUUAGUCGUCGACGAUGAGCUGAACGUGCUACCAAUAUCUGGCGGCAAAAACGUGAAGCAGUUGCCGGAACCAGAGUCGUCUGAGGAUGCCAAGACGCCAGCACAGAAGGAGUUAGAGGAGGUGAAAGAUUCACUUAGAGAAACGCAACCGGUCGGAUCCUUGAUACAGCUUGCCAGGACCAAUGAUCAAGCCAAGGCUCUGCUCACCUUUGUGGAUGCAAUCUCUGAGAAGACCCUGCGCAACACUGUGACACUAACAGCAGCGCGAGGUCGUGGCAAGUCGGCAGCAAUGGGUGUUGCCAUUGCUGCUGCCGUCGCCUACGGCUACAGCAACAUAUUUAUUACCUCGCCGUCCCCAGAGAACUUGAAGACCCUUUUUGAGUUCGUUUUCAAAGGAUUGGACGCCCUUGAUUACAAAGAUCAUGCCGACUAUUCCAUCAUGCAAUCGACGAAUCCCGAUUUCAACAAGGCUAUUGUGCGGGUCAAUAUUCACAGGAAUCAUCGUCAGACGAUCCAAUAUAUCCGUCCGCAAGACGCGCACGUUUUGGGCCAAGCUGAACUAGUCGUCAUUGACGAAGCUGCUGCCAUACCUUUGCCACUAGUCAAGAAAUUGAUGGGACCGUACUUGGUGUUCAUGGCGUCCACUAUCAACGGUUACGAAGGAACGGGCAGAUCUUUGUCACUGAAGCUCAUCAAGCAGCUAAGGGAACAGUCAAGAGCACCUGUCGCGGGCAACAAUGUCGACGUGGAGAUCGAUAGGUCAAGCGGCAAGGCUGAAAAAAACACUACUAUGACAGGGGCUCGUUCGCUCAAAGAAAUCACUCUGUCUGAGCCAAUUCGGUAUGGUCCUGGUGAUGCGGUGGAAAAGUGGUUAAACACCCUUCUCUGCCUCGACGCUACUUUGCCCAAAUCAAAACUCAACACACAAGGCUGCCCGGACCCGACACAAUGCGAGCUGCUUCAAGUGAACAGGGAUACUUUAUUCUCCUUCCACCCCGUAUCAGAAAGGUUUCUGCAGCAAAUGGUGGCGCUUUACGUUGCGAGCCAUUACAAGAACACCCCGGAUGAUCUGCAGCUAAUGAGCGACGCACCAGCCCACAAGCUCUUUGUUCUCACCCCGCCGCCUUCCGAAAAUUCGCUGCCCGAGCCUCUGUGCGUGAUUCAGGUCGCUUUGGAGGGCAAGAUCAGCAGGCAAAGCAUCUUGAACAGCUUGAGCAGAGGGCAACGUCCGGCGGGAGAUUUAAUUCCGUGGCUCGUAAGCCAGCAAUUUCAAGACGAGGAGUUUGCAUCUCUGUCAGGCGCCCGCAUAGUAAGGAUAGCGACCAAUCCGGACUAUGUUUCCAUGGGCUAUGGUACGCGAGCACUGGAGCUUCUGAUUGAUUUCUUUGAGGGAAAGUCGUUGAGUCUGUCAGAGGAUGUGGAGGAUAUGGUGGAAAAAACCAUGCCAAGAGUCACGGAUGCAGAGUUAUCCAAACUGGGAACCGGCAGUCUUCUCGACGACAACAUUAAGGUUCGUGACAUGAACGAGAUGCCACCCCUCUUCUCGUUUAUGCAUCAGUGUCGACCCCCGCCUCUUGACUACGUCGGUGUCAGCUACGGUCUCACUCAGCCCCUUCACAAAUUCUGGAAACGCGCAUCGUUCGCGCCAGUCUACUUAAGGCAAACUGCCAAUGAUCUCACUGGCGAACAUACUUGCGUCAUGCUUAGGCCCUUGAACACCACCGAGGACCAGAGCUGGCUUGGUGCUUUCACUAACGAUUUCCAUCACCGUUUCCUCAACCUUCUCUCAUACCAAUUCCGCGAGUUUCCUUCUGUGCUUUCGCUCAGCAUUGAUGAAUCUGCUGUAUCUGGGGCCCAGACAGAUUCCACUAAUGAGCCCAGUCCCCUGACGAAGACUGAUCUCGACAGGUUGUUGACUCCUUUCGACCAAAAGAGGCUGGAGUCUUAUGCGAAAAACCUGUUGGAUUACCACGUCAUUCUGGACAUGGUGCCCACACUCGCUCAUCUGUACUUCACGGGAGCGCUCAAGUCGAGCAUCAAACUCACCGGUGUACAGCAAGCCAUUCUACUCGCUGUUGGGUUGCAAAGGAAGGACAUUGAUGCAGUGUCGUCGGAGCUGUCGCUUCCAUCUUCGCAGCUUCUUGCCAUGUUUAUUAAGAUCAUGCGCAAGAUCACGGCGCAUUUUGAGACGCUCGUGACGCAGGCUGUUGAUGCCGAAAUGCCCAAGCCCAAAUCGAUCGGAGUCAGUCGAGAGAACGCACUAGGUGCGCACGACGAUGAGAUUGUUGAUAACAGAUUUGUGCCCCUGGCCAAGGGGCUUGGUGAGGAGCUGGAGGAGGUUGGUGAUGAGGCGCUCAAGGAAUACAGAGCAAAGCAGAAGGAGCUCAUUGACUCGCUUCCACUCGACCAAUUCGAGAUUGAGGGGGGAGCUUCCGAAUGGAAAGAGGCAGAAAAGGCGAUCGCCAAAGCUGCUUCUAAAGGUGAAACCCCAGCGUUGACCGUCAGCGUUAAGAGUCAAAAGACGAAACGGAAGGCUGGGCAGCAGACAGCCGCUGAGGUGUACGAGGAGGCAUUUGGCGAGAAAAGACAUAAAAAGGCCAAGAAGUCCAAAAAGGAGAAGGGGGCGUAA